UUGCCGAGGAGCCAAACAUCUCACCAACAGUUAAAGCAUCUUCUUCUUUCCUUCCUCGGAGUUCGUCUCCCUAACCUAUAACUAAUCCUUUGAAAACUUACCCUCUAAUUUGUCACGCUCCAUUGCUCGCGUGCACAUCACCUUCCAACGUGCCCUUUACCCCAAAUAACCUCCAUCAACGGUCCUAAAACUGCCACUUCAUCUCACCGUACUGUCGAGAUUACCCGCUUUGAUUUCCUCCGUCUAAAAGCCUCUCGCGCUCCUCCGUCUCUCUCUCUCACUCUCUCUCUCUCUAUGGAUCACGCGCGUGGACUACAAAUGCAAACUAUUUUUUAUGCGAGAAGAUAAAUGUUCUCGGAAAAUUUAUAAUUUUCCCUGGAAAUUUUUCAUGAUGGAGGAGAUCUUCUUUGAUAUGAUGGAGUUUUUGAAGAGGCCUUCAGUGACGGAAACAUUUGUCGACAUUCUGCUCUGUGCAGUGCCUAUAUGGAUGGCCGUGAUGAUUGGCAUGGUGAUCGGCUGGUCGUGGCGGCCGAGAUGGACUGGAUUGGUGUUCCUGGGGGUCCGUAGCAAAUUCAGGUUUAUAUGGACCGCGCCGCCCGGGUUUGGUGCUCGGAGGCUCUGGCUGGCUGUUACGGCUCUUUCGGCUUUCUCGGCUUGCCGCGCGAUUUGGAAUAAUUUCAGAAGAAAAAGCAUGAAAUCGGAUUCUGGUCCGGCGCCUGCGCCGACGGCUGCGGAGGUGAAUGGCGAUGAUAUAAGCCCCGGUAGUGUAACUGCAAAGAGAGAGCAGGAUGUCGUCACAGAGAAUGAUUUAGAGCACCUAUUGCAUCUACUUGAAGGGAAGGAUGGAGAGAUGGAAUGGCAAAGUCUGAUGGAGAGGUCCAACCCAAACAUGACAUACCAAGCUUGGCGUCAUGAGCCUGAGACAGGUCCUACAGUGUACCGUUGUAGAACUGUCUUUGAGGGUGUAACUCCAGAGUUGGUCAGAGAUUUCUUUUGGGAUGAUGAGUUUCGACUGAAGUGGGAUCCUAUGCUUGGAUACGUUAAAAUAUUGGAGGAGUGCCCUGAUAGUGGGACAAUGGUUGUUCACUGGAUAAAGAAGUUCCCUUUUUUCUGCAGCGAUCGAGAAUAUAUCAUUGGUCGAAGAAUAUGGCAGGCAGGAGGGACUUAUUAUUGUGUGACGAAGGUGGUGCCAUAUCCUGGUCUGCCCAAGCGUGAUAAGCCAAGGCGUGUGGAGCUUUAUUUCUCAAGUUGGGUUAUCAGAGCUGUGGAGUCACGCAAAGGAGAUGGGCAGCUGUCUGCAUGUGAGGUUACUCUUGUCCAUUAUGAAGACAUGGGUAUCCCCAAAGACGUGGCAAAGUUGGGUGUGCGACAUGGGAUGUGGGGAGCUGUGAAGAAAUUGCACUCAGGCAUUAGAGCAUAUCAGAAUGACAGGAAAUCAGAGGCUGCACUGUCUGGAUGUGCACGUAUGGCCCAAAUCACAACAAAAAUUUCUUUUGAUGGAAGCACGAAUAGCUUGGAUCCAGUUUCCAUUGGAGAAGAAAAAGAUCAGGUUGUAGACCCCAGAAGUCACAGAGAUCACUGCAUUGAUUGGAAAUGGAUAGUGAUUGGUGGCACUGUGGCUUUGGCUUGUGGACUUCAUUCAGGUGCAAUCGGAAAGGUAUUGUUGCUCGGAGCUGGGCGGAGGAUUGCCAGGGGGUAAAACAUUUUCUUUAGCAAAGACCUUGUAUCUAUCAUUUAAAAUUUUACCAUAAAUUGCUCUAAUUGUUUUUCUAUAUAGGUAUCAAGUGUAUUAAUUCUAUCUGGCGAUGACAUGUUUUCUAUACAUACUUUCAACAGUGAUUUCAA